UUCAGGGAUCUUAAAUCUGAGCUUAAACCUGUUCCAUUUCAAGAGGAGUUCAGUGGACAACAAUUCUUAUCCACUGAACACAGUCAAGGACACCAGGCACAGAGAACUAAACUAUUACAUCAAAUCUGAAUUCCUAAAAUGGAAGAAGCCAAAAGCCAAAGUUUGGAGGAAGACUUUGAAGGGCAGGCCACACACACAGGGCCCAAAGGAGUAAUAAAUGAUUGGAGGAAGUUUAAAUUAGAGAGUGAAGAUAGUGAUUCAUUCCCACCUAGCAAGAAAGAGAUUCUCAGACAAAUGUCUUCUCCUCAAAGUAGAGAUGACAAAGACUCAAAAGAAAGAUUCAGCAGAAAGAUGAGCAUUCAAGAAUAUGAACUCGUUCACCGAGACAAAGAAGAUGAAAACUGCCUUCGUAAAUAUCGUAGACAGUGUAUGCAGGAUAUGCACCAGAAGCUGAGUUUUGGUCCUAGAUAUGGGUUUGUGUACGAGCUGGAAUCUGGGGAGCAAUUCCUGGAAACCAUUGAAAAGGAGCAGAAAAUCACCACAAUCGUUGUUCACAUUUAUGAAGACGGUAUUAAGGGCUGUGACGCUCUAAACAGUAGCUUAACAUGCCUUGCAGCCGAAUAUCCUAUGGUCAAAUUUUGUAAAAUAAAAGCUUCUAAUACAGGUGCUGGGGACCGCUUUUCCUCAGAUGUGCUCCCCACACUGCUCGUCUACAAAGGUGGGGAACUCCUAAGCAAUUUUAUUAGUGUUACUGAACAGUUUGCUGAAGAAUUUUUUACUGGGGAUGUGGAGUCUUUCCUAAAUGAAUAUGGAUUAUUACCUGAAAGAGAGGUGCAUGUCCUAGAGCAGACCAACAUGGAAGAAGAUAUGGAAUAAAGAUUCACUAUGUCAAUAUCUCCAAUUUCUCCUUUAAGCAGUGAACAUUGAUUUUGGUAGUAUUUAUAUUCCUCUAGAGAACACUAGGUAUAGCCAUGGAUGUUCUAAUUUGGGGAAAAAAACAAGAUUUACACUAAAAUUACAUGAUUAGCAUUUAUUAGUAUUAGUUACUCAAAUUGAUAAAGUGCUUUACUACAAAACAUUGUAGUCUUCAGCAACAUGUUCUAGACAAAGAGGAUGUGGAUAAUAUUGUGAUGGUUUUCAAAAAUCCCUUUCAAGUUAUAUGUUGGCUUUUUUCCUCCUUGUUUUUUCCUUGGUAUUAUUAUUGGGAUUUUCAAAUUACAUUGUUAAUUAUAAUUUUGCUUGUGUAAUAAGAAUAAAAUCUCAUAAGGAAAUACACCUUUUAUCUGAAGUC